UUGAACACCAAGGUGCGUGAAACGGCAUAAAACGGGAACGAGUAUUAAGGAUUCAUUACAUGAACAUUCCAAGACAAAAGACGGAGACAAUGUCAACAAACCAGUAACCACGAAACCAAAUUUUACCAACUCAGUACAAAGCAUCCUUAUGGGAAGGGGAUUCUGAAUUGUAAUAAAAACAAAGGGCUUAGCUCUUUUUAAAAGGGAGAUAGUUGCAAAAUAAUCUGUCAAUGGAGCAGCUGACCAUGCUCUACGACAAAAGUGUCGAAAUCAUAAACAAGAAAGACCGGCGAUUUGCGCCCCUUCCCGCAAUGUGGCGCGACAAACCUACCUCCUACUGGAACAGAAUCCGCACCAACUACAGUGGCUUCAUGAUACCGUACCGGAAGGACUUCAACGGCACGGAGAAGUCAGCCAUCAACGGAAACAUCCUUGGCCUCUUCUUCAAUGGAAGCCUCCACAACAAGUCCAAGAAGCCGCCGACAUUUUCGUACUUUGGGAACCAGCGCCUGAUCGUCAACUCUUCCUUUAUCGUUAAUGUCCACCAGAACAUUUACUUCGUGGACUUCUACUGCCACAACCUGAGGGAUCAUUACGUCACGCUGGUGGUCGCUCGCCCUGGGUCCGUAGUUGACCGUUUCUGUCAACGUCAUUUGAUGCAGAUCAACGUGUUCAACAACCCUUUCCUUAAGAUCGUCAACGGUAAGCUGUACGUCACGCUUGGCGUCAACAUAGAGGUGUUUUACACGGAUAUUGUCGACGUCAACCGGGUGAUUCAGGACCGGAUCGGGAAGUUCAUGCCCGUCACGUUCCGGGGAAAGGGCAGCAAGGAGUUCGGAAUCCCGAAAAACCUGGCAUGUAAGGUCUGCAACUUGUGGUAGUGCUGAUCGAUUUAGUUGCAAAGGAAGAAAACAAAACAGAUAUCAAUUUUCAAGAAGUAGGGUUUAUAGACAGGCAAACAUUUAGUAGAUGUAGCUUUCGAUUAUAACUAGUGCUAUUUAAUCGUGUUUAUUUUUGGGGUUACUUUUUACUUUUAACACUCCUUUUCCGCUAUCUUCCGUCUUUCUCUAAGCUCUUCUCUGUCCUUUCACAUCAUAGAAAAAUGUUAUAUAUAUUCUUUUACAUUGUAACCAAUUUGUUGAAUAAAUUUUUUACCAUGAA